AGGCUACUCAUUAAUUCAAGCAAUGCAUCACUUGCUGUAAUGGCUGAAAACCAAGUACCAAAUACAACCUCCUCCUCCUCCAUCUCUCCUCACACACACAUAGAGACACAAUAGCUGGGACAAUCGAUGGCAAUAAGAUGUUCUUACCCUGGUGUCAUCCUUCCAAGAGGCCAGACCAAGAAGGCCAUGCCAAGAGCUUCCAUGCUGCACAACAGCCACAUACAACACAGCAGAGCAGCAGCAACUUCUUCAUGCAAACCUUUCGCAGCCAACAAGGUUGUUUUUGAAGACCAAGCAAUGGGAAUAGUCUGUUACAUAGAUGGACAGGGAGAAGUAAUAUGCGAGGGGUAUGAUGAAGGCCCGCGAUUUAGUCGAUGGUCAUCGAAUGGCGCAGAUCACCAAAGGCGCAGAGACCAUCAGAUUCCUGAUUUCCAACAAAGAAUGAAGCUUCAAAUUGCCAAGGAUGAUGACUUUUACCGAAUCAUUCGCAAACAAAACUAACAUUUGGAUAUGAAGACAGAUUCGGGUAUCAUACGAGCAUGGACAAUAAGUAGAUGGGUAUGCUAGCAUGGAUCUUCAUAUUGUAAAGAUGGAUGAUUUGCUAAUGAAAAGCUGGUUUUUGAUUACAAAGUUUAUGUAUGUUUCUGUCACAAUAUCAACAUAAUGGAAGCCUAAUUAGUAAAUUUGAAUCCUA